AUGUUUGCUUUAAGAAAACAAAUAGGAUAUGCAGUAACGCUAGGAAAAAAUUUCUCCAGAAUUCAAAAAAAGCAUACUUUACCCACACUUCCCUACGAAUAUAAUGCAUUAGAACCAAUUAUUUGUUGUGAAAUGUUAGAAGUUCAUCAUAUGAAGCAUCACGCGGCUUAUGUAAAUGCCUUAAACGACAUAGAAGAAAAAGUUAAAAAUGCAGUUUCAAAAAAUGAUAUUAAUGAGGUCAUAAACCUGGGAAAUGCUCUGAAAUUUCACGGUGGAGGUCACUUAAAUCAUUCAAUGUAUUGGGAAUCUAUGUCUCCUUGUGGCGGAGAACCUAGUAAUGAAUUAUCAUGUGCUAUAAAUGCUAGCUUUGGUUCUUUAGAUAAAAUGAAAGAUCUUAUGUCGCAAAUGGCUGUGGCAGUCCAAGGUUCUGGUUGGGCAUGGUUAGGAUAUAGUCCAAUUACAAAAAGUCUUCAAUUAGCUGUUGCAAAAGAUCAGGACUCUUUAUUUGCAAUGACUGGAUUAAUUCCUUUACUCCCAAUCGAUGUAUGGGAGCAUGCAUAUUAUAUUCAAUACAGAAAUGUUCGGGCUGAGUAUGUCAAAAGCUUUUGGAAUAUUGUGAAUUGGAAUAAAGUGUCAGAGCGAUUUGCUGCAGCUCAUAAACCCUAA